GCCCCCGCCCCGCCGGCACCGACCCCUCUCCCCCGCCCCUUCCCACGCUCCGGCCCGUGGCCCCCGGCGCGCGCGCGCGUACACACGCGAGCCCAGGCGGCAUGCAAAUGAGCCGGCUCCAGUACCCAGACUCAAGCUCCCCACUGCUCAAUGGACAACCCCAACCCAGACCCGUUGCCUUCAACUUUGCCUGGGGAAGAAGAGACACCUCUGUCCUUUCUUCCUCCUGCUCCCCAGGGCCGCCGAGGCCGACCACCAGGGGUAGCCACCUCCAGUCGGACGCUCAAGUCCUCCCUCCCUCGAAAGAGGGGCCGCCCCCCCAAGUCAGUGCAGGAGUCCCCGCUGACAGCGCCGGUGGACAGCGGUGCCAGCAGCGACCUCCUGUUGAUCGAUGAUCAGGGUGUGCCCUAUACAGUCCCUGAAGGGUCAGCAGCAGAUGGGCCCCAGGGCUCAGAGGGUCCCAAGAGGGCCCCACAUUUCUGCCCAGUAUGUUUGAGAGCCUUCCCCUACCUCUCUGACCUGGAGCGCCACAGCAUCUCGCACUCAGAGUUGAAACCACACCAGUGCCAGGAUUGCGGCAAAACCUUCAAGCGGUCCAGCCACUUGCGACGUCAUUGUAACAUCCAUGCUGGCCUGCGGCCCUUCCGUUGUGUGCUCUGCCCUCGGCGCUUCCGAGAGGCCGGGGAGUUGGCACACCACCACCGCAUCCAUUCUGGCGAGCGCCCAUACCAAUGCCCCUCCUGCCGGGUGCGUUUCACCGAGGCCAAUACUCUUCGGCGUCAUUACAAGCGGAAGCACCCCGAGCUCGUGGGGAUGCCUGUACGAGUGUGUCCCCCAAACCCACGACCCGAACCACUAUGGGACGAGGAUGAGGAUGAGGGUGCCCCUGCCCCAGCAGAGGCGCAUGAGGAGGAGCCUGAAGAAAGGGAGCCCGCUUGACCUGUAUUCCCUGUCACUGCUCCUCUGUCUGGGUUUACAGCAGCGAAUUCAGCUGGUGCUGUGCCCAGGCCAGGAGGCCAACACACCCUUGAUUCUGGUGGUCUUCCUGUCGUGGGAGGGGGUCGAAAGCAGGGACCUGAACUUCCAGGUCCUGAGGCCUUCUGGCACCUUCCUGCAGACUAACAAGCCCUGGGAAGCAGGGGCUGUGGAAAUAAAUCCCUGCCUACUGA